CUGACGUGCUGCGUUCAUGGGCUAAACUGGCAAUCGGGACUCGGCGGGGUAACUCUGCGUGGUUCUCCCUGGGCUCUCGUAGUAACUGUGGUGGGUCCGUGCUUGAAUCCGGUUGCCGGUGUCCCGCAGUAAUGGACCGCUGGAAGGGCAGAGUAGCGCUAGUGACCGGGGCCUCGGUGGGGAUCGGGGCGGCCAUAGCCAGGGAGCUGGUCCGGUGCGGCAUGAAGGUGGUGGGCUGCGCCAGGGACGUAGAGAAAAUACAGAAACUGGCAGCCGAGUGUCAGAGCGCCGGCCAUCCUGGUGUUCUGGUGCCUUUCAAGUGUGACUUGACCAUAGAGGAGGACAUUCAGACGAUGUUCUCGGCCAUCAAGGCGCAGCACAAAGGCGUGGACGUGUGCAUCAACAACGCUGGCUUGGCGCAUCCGGAGCCGCUGCUGAGCGGGAAAACCAGCGGCUGGAAGAACAUGCUGGAUCUGAACGUUCUUGCCUUGUCUGUUUGCACACGUGAAGCGUAUCAGUCGAUAAAAGAAAGAAACGUCGACGAUGGCCACAUCAUAAACAUAAACAGCAUGAGUGGACAUCGUGUAGUUCCCAACUCCGAAAUACAUUUCUACACCGCCACCAAGUACGCAGUGACGGCCCUGACCGAGGGUCUGAGGCAGGAGCUGCGUGAGGCCAACACUCAUAUCCGAGCCACGUGCAUUUCUCCUGGUGUAGUGGAGACUGAAUUUGCUCCACGUCUUUACAGCCACAAUCCAGAUAAAGCGGCUGCUUCAUACACUAAAUUUAAGGCUCUGGAGGCGAUUGAUGUUGCAAAUGCUGUUCUCUACGUUCUCAGUGCUCCUCCACAUGUGCAGAUUGGAGACGUUCAGAUGCGCCCAGUGGAGCAGGUGUUUUAAAGAUGCACAAUGUGUCGACUGAAUUUCCAUACUGACAAACCCUUCAUGAGAUUCGUUUACUGCAAAAUCACACAAAGCAGACGCUUUAUCUGAAUAACUUUUUGUACAAACAUUUGUACUGUAAUUUUGCAACAAAGCUUUGAAUUAAAUCUAAUGAUUAGA